CACACAAAAGGGUGGAGUCGGUACAUUUGAUUUCUUUUUCUUCUCGGUGGCAUCAGAUCUUGCCUUGAUGCGCCGGGAAGGAAACCAAGGUGAGGUUUCCAGGGAAUUACGCAGCGUCAAACCAAACGGGGGAACAUUUUUUUUUUAGGUUUGAAAUCGUCUCCGAUGCUUAUUCCCCUGAUCUGAUUUUUUUUCGUGACUUCAAGAGGAAACGUUGGCUACUUUAUGUGAAGCCAUGGAGCGCACCGCAUCGCCCCUAACGCGUGUCGUGCCUUUGCCGCGAGCAGCGCGUAGAAGCGAGUGGCUGCGCAGCGCCCUGGCCCAUCACCACUGCCCCGAUCCCGGCGUGGAGAACGAAAUCGUCGUCCUGGCCACUGGAAUAGACCAAUACCUGCAGGAGGUCUUCCACCACUUGGCCUACCCCAACCGGGACGAUGCGGUGACGGCGGAGGAUUUCACCGCGCUGUGUGCCGUUCUGGGUCUCACCGAACCGGGGAAGAGGACGAAGAAAGCACGGGACGGGGCUGGAGCUGGGGAGCAAGACGAGGAGGAUGAAGAGUUUAGGGAUGUGAGUUCUCGGCUGCCCGGCCAGUUGUCCUUUAAAGACUUCCACUCGCGGCUCUGUGGGUAUUUCCGUGUUCGCAGUGCGCGUACAGGCACCGGGGAUUGUGCGUGGCGCUUGCCCCUCACCGAGGACACUGAGCUGGUCGAGAGACAGAUCCGACUCCGGUGGCCGCGUGCCAGGAGGAGGAAGCGUGUCAGUUUUGAUCUGAAAAGGGACCAGAGUGGACCUGGACAGUUACCUACAGGAGACCACGAGACAGAUGAGGUCUUAGCUCUGAGGGAGCUGGUGGAGGACCUCCGCUCGGCGCUGCAGGGCAGUGAUGCUCGCUGCCUGGCCCUGGAGGUGGCACUCCAACGGGAGAGGAGCCGCACCCUCCCGUCUCACUCCAGCUUUACCUCUGCUGCUUCAUCUCCUACAACUUCCAUCACCAUCGUACAGGGAAAACUGGUCCCAACGCACAGGAUUAAAGGACAGUGGAGUGGUGGUGGAGGAGGCGCGACAAGGAGGGUGGCGAGGACAUGGGACAUCAGGGACCCCCUCCUGAGGGAGCUGAACCUGAUCCGCUCCUCACGUGAUGGGCAGCUGGAGGAGGCCAUCAAGUUCAAUGAGCGUUUGGAGAUGGAGGUGCAAUGGGCGUACCAAGAGGUGCGCAAGCUGCAGGGGGUGGAGUCCGCACUGAGGAAGGAGAACACUCACAUCAGGAGGCGGGCGGAGGAGGCCAGGGAGGCUCUGAGCUUGGGGCUACAGAGGGUGCGGCUGAUCCAGGAGCAAGCUCAGGCUGUGCCACAGCUCCAGUGCAGGAUCACCCAGCUGGAGACUGAAUUGCACCAGUACAGAUCGUGCUGUAGCGGCCUAUUUGACAUGUCUCGUCAACAAACAUAUCCAUUAAGAGCAGAAGACAGCUGCAGCAAGACAGAUGCAGAGUGUCUGCAGAGAGCAGUGGAGGGGAGAGCUGCCUCGGAUGAAGAGGAGGAUGACAGGCAGCCAAGGGAGGAAGGACAGUGCUGCCUGUCAGAGGUGAAGAAGCACUUCAGCCAGCUGCACGGCUGUGGCAAAGGACUGAAGAAAAAGCUAGAAGGAGCAUCCAUCUCCCUGAUGUUCUGGAACCGGGACCUGACCAGUGCACCCUAUACUUGAGCGUCCAGCAGGUCGGCUAAGCCAUUUUUUGACUUUGAGACUUUCAAAACAGCCUCUAUUUUCUGUGGACUCACUUAAAUGUUCUAGUUCCACUAUAUAUGUCUCUAGAUCCUUCAUAGAUCUGGUGAUGUCUCGUGUGACAUUGAGGGUUUGCUGCUGACACAACAUCUUUAUCUGAGUCUUACCAUGGUCCCACCACUGCCUAAGACUGCUAAAAUCACCCUUCCUCUGUCUAAAAACAUUCCAGAAAUAAUAUAAUAUCCACUUUUUGGUAAAAUAUUUCUGAAACUAACAUUAAACAACAGCAGGGAAUGAUCACUAAAACCGGCAGGUAAAAUAUUACAUCUUUAAAAGACAUUAAAAUGAUGUUUAAAAAAAUAAAUAUGAUCCAGCCUGGCUGAGGAGACCCUACUCUCUCUGAGGUUGGACCAGGUGUACUGUCUACUGUCUUUGUGCAUCCUCCUCCACACAUCCACCAGGCCAUGGGAGUAGACCAGCUGCUUUAAGGCGUGCUGAGAGGCUGGAUGAGGCUCUGCGUGAUUGGGAUCUAAAGAUGCAUUUUCAGUGCAGUUAAAAUCCUCUGAUGCACAACCAUUUAAAACAUCAUUAUCUUUUUGUAAAAAAAAAGCUUUUUCUCUGCACCAGUUGUUGGAGCGUACCCAUUAAUAAAAACAGCUUUAAAAGUCUCGAACUGGGGGACUUCCGGUUGGCUGCAGAGCAAAAUGGCAGGCUGAGUGCUUUGCUCCCGUGAGUCGGCAUAUUUACCACCACCGAAACACCAAUUCAAAGAUACAGAAGUUGAUUUCGUCAAGAUUAUUAAGGGGGCGACCAAAGGCAGAGGUAAAGGGACGCAAGAUAAACUGAGUAAAGAUUUACAUCGUGCAGAACAAGCCGCGGACGUGAUGCAGGGAGAAGAAGGCCAACAUGGCGCCGACUCAGCAACGGGAACGGUGCGCACGGGACUUGAGGCCAUAAGUAAGCAGAUCAGCGACCUUAAGACCGAUCUAAAACCAGACUUACAAAUGUUCAAAGAAGACAUUAAACGCGACAUGAGAGAAGAAUUUAUCGAGUUCAAGCAAGGUGUCAAUCAGCAGCAAGAACAGCAAGAAUAAAAAUUAAUGGAUCACUAUCUCCAUCAAUCACACUGGAAAGAGGAACCAGACAAUGUUGCUGUUUCCGCCCCACGCUGUUUGCUUUCUAUAUUGAACACCUGGCUCAGGCAAUCCGCCAGCAUUUAAAACCCAUUGGAUUUUGGUAGUAAGAUUAACGUAAUUAAGAUGAGCAUCUUGCCCAGAUUGCUAUAUCUGUUCCAGGCUUUGCCAGUAGGGGUCCCUCAACACCAAUUCUUAACUUGGGAUAAACUUAUUUCUAGAUUUAUCUGGGAUGGAAAGAGGCCGAGAAUAAGUUACACAACACUUCAGUUGCCCAAACAUAAAGGAGGGAUGGCACUUCCAAAUCUCAAAGACUAUUUUUAUGCAGCUCAAUUUCGGCCCUUAUUUCUUUGGUGUAAUGAUAAUUAUUUUGCCAGAUGAAAGAAAUUGAGACAUAUGUUGAGGGUUAUCAGAUCCAGUCAGUUUUAGGGGAAAAGGAAAUCCCUCUAUUAGUCAAAAGUAAAAUUAACUCAAUAACUUCUGGUGCACUUGAGUUUUGGCUUACCUUUGUAAGGCAAUAUAAACUAAGGAAAGACCAGAAAGUACUAAGAUGGAUAGCCUUUGAUUCUCAGUUUAAACCAGGGGAAAAUGAUUACAUAUUCAAGCAAUUGGGCAGUAAAAGGUAUUAAGGCAGUGUGCACAAUCAUGGAAAACAAGGAAUUGCAAACAUUAAAAGAAAAAUUUCCCUUCAUAAUCAAGACUUAUUUAGGUAUAUACAAUUCAGAGACUAUUACAACAAGGAAAUUAAGAUGGAGAACUCACAAGAAUUAAACCCAGUUGUAAAAGAUAUGAUGAAUGCAUAUAGACCAAAACUAAAUGUGUUAAAGUAAUCCCCAUGUUUUAUGAAAGCAUUAUGGAAUGUAGGGGUAACUCAACAUUAUAUCUGAAAUCAAGGUGGGAAAACGAGCUAAAUUUAGAAAUUUCAUCAGAUGAAUGGUAUGACAUGUAUGAAACUCAACAUACUUCCACAAGCUCACAGCAACUGAGGGUAUUCAACUGGAAAAAUUUGGUACGUUUUUUUAUUACACCUAAAAUCAGCAGUAGAGCAACUUCAACACACUAGCCCUGCUGGAGACGAUGUGGCUGUUUAGAAGCACAUCACACACAUAUUUGUUGGAGUUGUGGAAAACUCAAGUCAUUUUGGGAAGAUGUACAUUUAUUCUUGAUUAACGUGCUUGGAUAUAAGAUCCCUUUUUCAUGCACUGUCCUGUACUUGGGUCAUAUUUCAGCAGUAACACUACAGAGGGACCAACACUUGGUAAAGAUACUCCUUACAGCAGCUAGGAAAGCCAUAACUAGAAAUUGGUAUAAACCUGAUCCCCCUAAGCAGGAUAAAUGGUUUGAUGUCAUAGAAGAAAUACGGACAAUGGAAAGAUUGACUUUUGUGUUAGGUUUAAGCGAGGAUUUGUAUGCAAAGAGAUGGCAGAAUUGGAUACUUUACUCAGACAAAAUAAAAGGACACUGGCUCAGUUUGUACUCAUUUAAGUGUAAGGCAGCUACUCAAAAAUAACUUAAUUUUUAAAUAUAUAUAUUUAUUUUUUUUGGCUCUCAUCAAGUUUCACCACAGGCUAUGUUCUUGUUUUUCUUGUUUUUAUUUUAAUUUUUUUUACUUGAGCAACAUUUGUAAAUUGAUAUGACUGUGAUAUACCGAAAA